GGCUGAUCAUACGCAUGCGCAGUGUGUUCAAUCACGGUGUAGAAAAGGGUUCCCGGGAUUUCUUGUUUUUCGGUUGCAUACAACUUCUCAGUUCAAAAAUAAAAAAUAUAUAUACAGUAUAUUCUAUCAAAAUUGUAUGGUACUUUACGAAUCUAAUUUAUCGAAUGCUCAUCUCGUCGGUUACUAUGAUUCACUUGUUAGCUUGCAAGAUAGUGCUAACUUUUGAUUAGUGUAGCUAGCUAAGUUAACUUGCGUUGGUUGUUAGCCAGCUAGCUAAUGUAAAGGUGCGCGGGUCAUUGAAGACUACGAGGCCGAGGCGGCUUGAAGGUGUGUCGAGGCACGAGACUGGAGGAGACUCCGUCGGACGGACGUUAGGGGAGAGCGGGGGAGGAGGGCCAUGGCGCCGGUCUCUGAGACGGAAGUGGAUGUAGGGGAGGGGGGCAGCGCAGGGGGGCUGUCCCAAGCCGACUGCACGUGCCCCGUGUGCCUGGAGAUCUUCCUGGAGCCGGUGACGCUGCCUUGCUCCCACACCUUCUGCAAGCCGUGCUUCCUGGAGACGGUGGACAAGGCCAACCUGUGCUGCCCGCUGUGCCGCAGGCGGGUGUCCACCUGGGCGCGGCUGCACAGCCGCAACAAGACGCUGGUCAACGUGGAGCUGUGGCGACGCCUGCAGGAGGCCUUCCCCGCGCAGUGCCAGCGCAGGCUGAGCGGCCAGGACGCCGAGGACAUGGCCACAGUGGCCUGCAGGCCCAGGGUCAGCCUGCCGGGAGAGGUGCGCCAGGAGUACGAGGACCAGAUCACUAAGCUGGCGGAGGAGAAGCGUGCCCUGGAGGAGGCGGAGCGCAGGGCGAGCGAGGAGUACAUCCAGAGGCUCCUGGCCGAGGAGGAGGAGCGCCGGGCGGAGGAGCGCAGAGCGCUGGAGGAGAGGCAGCUGGAGGAGGACGAGAGGCUGGCCAGGCUGCUGAGCCAGGAGCUGAAUUCAACUCCGAUGUCAGAAUCGCAGAGGAAUGCACGGCCUUCAGAGAGCACCUCCACCAAGAAGAGGAGCAGCGCUGGAGACAUAGAGAGGUUUUUGUUGCCUCUUCCCCUGAGAUCCCCCACCAGCGCAGAGACCAGUCCCGGUUCUAGCCUUACAGCCAACAAGGAGAACAUCCUGAUGCUCCCGUCCUCAGUAGUCCCUGAAGAAAUGCCGAUGCCCACGCUGGACUUCUACGGGAAAGAGGCGAGCGUCAGGUCUCAGCCGGAGGGCACCGAGCCCCUCCCACCUGACGCAUGUUGCGCCCAGCUGGAGCAGGAUGCAGAUGGGCGGGGCUCCAGCGUCAGUCAGACGAGGGGCGGGGCCUCGGGGAAGAGGAAGUGCGGGGACGCGGACGCAGGCCGGGGCUGCGGCCUGGACAGCAAGCGCCCGCGCGGCCCUGCGAGCAGCCCGGCCGAGGCGCCGCUGGUCUGGGAGCUGGCGCGGGAGGAGGAGGACCUGUUCAGCCGCCGGCAGCAGGAGGAGAGCGACCGGCAGCUGGCCCUGCGGCUGCAGAAGCAGCUGGACCGGGAGGAGGCCCAGCGGGCCGUGGACCGCAGCAAGGGCUCCCCGGACCAGUACCAGCUGCGCGACAAGCCCGAGCCCGGCACCGCCCCUGGCCCCGCCCCCGGGCCCGCCCCCAGCGCCGCCACAGACGCCAGCCCGGCCGUGAGAGCCAGCAGGGGGCGCUCGAGUGCUGCCGUCACGCCGAAGGAGCAGAAGAACAGGGCGAGGCGACAGCUAGCCGGCGCUCCCAAAGAAAGGCAGGCUACCCGCAAGGACACCAGCGCCUCCACCUCUGACUCCGCCCCCUCCAGCACCAGCAGUGCCUUACAGAAGGGUGGCAAGCAGACCACCCUCACAGCCAUGUUCCCCAGCCUGGCCAGCUGAGCUCUCUGCUCCUGUCCUGCUCCUUCUCUUAUUGGACAGAGGCCCCUUCCCUGCAUGUUCUAUGGAGGUUUCAAUUCAUUAUUUGAGUUCCAAUUCAAUUCCCAAAUUUACUGACUUGACC